GUGGACUGAUGAAAUGUAGGAAAUCUGUUUCUGGCAGCGGGGAGAAAAGCGUUUCCCCAACAGCACCAGGAGGAGCCCUCGGAGAAGUAUGAAGAGGGGCAGUGCGGCUGCAGAUGCCGCUUCCGCGGGGCUGGAGGGCUGCGGAGAGCGGCCGCAGGACCUGCGCCGGGAGGGGCCCCGCCGCGAGACGCCGCAGGAGCCCGGCCGGGAGCCCCGGCGCCCCUGAGAGCUGCUGCUGCCCAGCGCCGACGCGGGGGUAUUACAAGUGGAUAAAUAAUGUGCACAGCUGUGAGCCCAAAGGUACGCAGUGGACCUGGCCUCUCUGAUAUGCAUCAGUAUAGCCAAUGGCUGGCCAGUAGACAUGAAGCUAAUUUGCUACCGAUGAAAGAAGAUCUGGCCUUGUGGUUAACCAAUCUAUUAGGAAGGGAGAUUACGGCAGAAACUUUUAUGGAGAAAUUGGAUAAUGGCGCCUUGCUCUGUCAGCUUGCAGAAACUGUUCAGGAGAAAUUCAAGGAGAGCCUGGAGGCUAGCAAGCCCACAAAGAAUCUGCCCUUGAAGAAGAUUCCAUGCAAAGCCAGUGCACCCUCAGGCUCUUUUUUCGCCCGAGACAAUACAGCAAAUUUCUUGUCCUGGUGCCGAGAUUUAGGGGUAGAUGAAACAUGUCUAUUUGAAUCGGAAGGUUUGGUCCUGCAUAAGCAACCCAGAGAAGUGUGUCUCUGUUUGCUAGAGCUUGGCCGGAUUGCAGCCAGGUAUGGUGUGGAGCCUCCUGGUUUGAUAAAAUUGGAAAAAGAGAUUGAACAAGAAGAAACACUCUCUGCCCCUUCUCCUUCACCUUCUCCUUCAUCAAAGUCUUCUGGAAAAAAGAGUACAGGAAACUUACUGGAUGAUGCAGUGAAACGGAUUUCUGAAGAUCCUCCUUGCAAAUGCCCAAACAAAUUCUGUGUGGAGAGGCUCUCUCAAGGAAGAUACCGAGUGGGGGAAAAGAUCCUCUUCAUUAGGGGUCUUCAUGCUUGUAACUAUGUGUCCACAGCCAAAGCAAAGCAGACAUUUAAGAUGCUGCACAACAAACACGUCAUGGUCCGAGUGGGAGGAGGAUGGGAAACUUUUGCAGGGUAUUUGUUGAAACACGACCCCUGCCGGAUGCUACAGAUCUCCCGUGUGGAUGGCAAAACAUCCCCCAUCCAGAGCAAAUCUCCAACUCUUAAGGACAUGAAUCCAGAUAAUUACCUGGUGGUCUCUGCCAAUUAUAAGGCUAAGAAAGAGAUUAAAUGAAACUAGCCGGUCACUACAAGGGGACUCUCAUAAUGGCCUGUAUCCACUUCUCCAGUGUAGUCAGUUUAGUCCACAUGUUCUGAGAAUUACUUUGGAAAAAGAUGUAACGGACAGAAACAUAUCAUCCUAUUGAAAAAUGUUCAAAGAGUAGCACUAUUUAUUUUAAUGCUUCAGUAGAAAAUGACCUAUUAAAAGAAAUUCUAAACUCAGAUUUAAAGUAGACGAAUGGUAGAUCAAUUAUUUCUCAGUAUGUGAACACAGUAUUUAGAACACAAUAUUGGAAAUACAAUUCUAGAAAGAGAUGAAAACUCUUAUUAGGAGAAAAUAUUUAGGAUUUACAGAUAAGUAAACAGGAAGUGCCUGCUUUGUGUCUACAGAGUAAAAGCACCCCAGACAUUUUUAUAAUUGCAGGAUUUUUAAGCUAAUUUUUAAAAAGUGACAAUUAGUGUGAUAAUGUGCUACUAUAAAUAUCCAACUGCACUACAGAGUGUUCACAACAGUAAUACUCUACUGGAAAAGCCACUUCAAAAAGUUUACAUUCACUUGAAAAAUUGCCUUAAAGUUUAUCCCUUAUCAGUGACCAAAUAUCUGGGGUACUUUUGAAAGUUUUCGGUACAUCCCUUAGAUAAUCACGUAUGAAUUGUGUCACACAUUCCUAAGCACACGGCUGUUUGAGACUGACUUAGUGUAAUUCACAUACAUAAGCUGACAUACAUUUAUAUUUUGACAGAGUAAAUUGUACAGUCAAAUGUUCAUUGACUUCAUGUUAUUUUAUAGCAUUUUCUUAUUGAAAUAUAUCUUUAGUUAAUCCUACUUUGCUAUGCUGUCUAGUAAAUAAAGUCACUGUAGCUAAUGGUGUUACAGACUUAUGUAUAUCCUUGUAUACCUAGGACAGGGCUGUUUUGUACUUAAUAAACGGCAAGAUAUUGUCCUCUCUGAUUCAAUAAUUAAAAAGAUACUUAAAAAAUU